AGAAGUCCGUUUAUUAUGAUAUAAAACAGAGAAAAGCAGAAAGUUAGUUGACUAUUCGGUGCAGCUCUACUACAUAUUGUAUUUCCUGAAAGCCAAACAUCUGCACAUUCAUUUAAGCUUGAAUAUUAUGUUGUUAUAUUUUUAGUCAAAGCUGACUUCCUCAGACCAGCUUGAAAAUUCAAGAUGUAGUAUCAUAACAACAUUUAAGAAUACCGUCCUGCGUGGAGGCUUUUGUCUUAACAGGAAAAGAAUAGUUUCCUCACAUUAUGUGUGAAAGGUCCUUGUCCACCCUCCAGUGCUCCUCCUUUUUAAAAUCUGAAGUUGGCAACAUAUCACCCCUGCCCCAUAUUGACACACAAUAAAUAAUCCACCCAUAAACCUCUUAACUCCAGAUACUCGUGCAGUUCAGUCUUCCAGAGUCCAACAAACAUCUAAAGAUGCCUGUCGACUUCAGCGGGACCUGGGACUUUGUCAGCACUGUCAAUUUUGAGGGAUACAUGAUUGCACUUGGCAUUGAUUUUGCAACACGCAAGAUUGCCUCGAUGUUGAAGCCCCAGAAAGUGAUUAAGCAAGAUGGAGAUUGCUUCACAAUCAAGACAUUCAGUACUUUCAGAAAUUAUGAGACUUCGUUCAAAAUUGGAGAAGAGGUCAAGGAGGUGACUAAAGGGAUGGACAACAGGGCAUGCCAGACUGUGGUGAACUGGGAAAAUGAUAAGCUGGUGUGUGUUCAGAAAGGAGAGAAGAAGAACCGAGGGUGGAGUCACUGGAUUCAGGGAGACGAGCUUCAUCUGGAAAUUACUUGUGAGGAUCAAGUCUGCAAGCAAAUUUUUAAAAGGACUCUGUGAUCGUGCCGUCAGAGUACUUCAUUUACAUGAAAUUAGUUAGCAGCAUGAGACACACAAUCUCUUCAUAAAGAGUCAUUUCAGUGUAAUGUUUGUGAUUCAAUUUGUGCCCAAAGGCUGGGAGCAGGAUGUGGGAAAAUGCCACAACAUUUGUUCUGAUUAGUCUAAAGUAUUACAAGUCUAUUAUUGGCAUUUAUGCAAGUAUCUAACAGUACAACCAUUUUAAUCACAUGAAAAAUCACACUUUUAUCAAUAGUCUAGUUGGAAAAAUGAGGAUAAAUACUAACAUUGUGUCCAAUAAAUGUCUUCCAAAUGAAAUACUUGAUUUACACUGUAUAUGUGUGCAUAUCUUUGAUACACAGCUUAUUGUGAGUUUUUUCUUCUUCUGUUUUUGAGAUACAGCCAUUUUCUUAUCAUACAACACUCAGUGGCCACUUAAUUAGGUGCACAUGUACAAUUUAGUACAAUCCAAAACAACUGUUCUGCCAUAAAGUUUACUUUUAUAAUGUUGUUUUUAUAUUCCCCUUCGUGUAUUUAAAUAGGGAGGACAACAUAUUAGGAACACCUCUUGAUAUAACUGUCCAGUACAACACUGCAAACUACAAGCUUAAUAAUAAACUAAAUCUGUCAUUAGAGUGUGCAAGUGAACCUAAUAAAGUAGCUGAGUGUAUAUGGGACUACUGUUCUUUCACAAAGACUGAAUGAUUAAUAAAAAACUCCCUUUUCAUCCAAACCAUUUUAACCCUUUUUGAAAAUGUCUUCAUAUUUUUACAUAGGCAUG